GAGAGGGGGCUCAGUCUGAAGAGCAUGGGCCUCUGUCAUGGGAAGAUGUCCUGCUGUGGGGAUGGGCUUCCUAGCCAUGAGCUGUGGCUGGUGCUGGCUGAGCAGUCCUUCCCUCCCUUCCCCUCCUGCCUCAGCCUUUUGUGAACAUACAGUGGCUUCUUCCAGGACGUGACUACUGUUUCCACUUGCUUUGCUUCCAUACAUAUUGCUGCCUAGCUGAAGCAUCUCUAUUUCAGCUUCAACAUUCAGGGUGUCCCAAGAUGUGCUGGACAGCUGCUACUUGACUUUGGGUAGCCCUUGUUGCAUGAUGGCACCGUGUCUGCCGUGUGCCAUCAGAUUCUGAUUGUGUCUCUUCCUACCACAAAGCAGCAAUGCUACUUGCCAUAAAUACCUCCUGUCUGAGUGAGUCCAGGUGCAGUCAGCUGUGACUGCCUGGGGACAGCAGCAUGCAUGUGUGCGAUUACAUCAGAGCUGUUGUCACUUUUAUUUGGCUGAAAAUUUACACGGUACCUAAAAACGUCAGUGGCCAGGUCUGUUUUCUGAAGGCUGCUUUGUUUGUGCCACGUAGCUUGAUUGUUCCUGCAACCUUGCCUUUAAAGAGAUGGAAGGAACUAAUCAGCUGACAAAGAACAUUAAAGUAUAAAGGACAGGGCAGGGACAGUGUGCUCACAAAGAGACAGCUGCACCCUGAGCCUGGCCUCAGCUUAAUGGGACAGCUUUAGUGCAGCAGACAGCUGCAUUCAUAAAUCCCAUCCAAUCCACUUUUGAACAACUCCUCAAAGCAACACUAAUUCUGAUCUGUGCUGGCAAAGAUUUAUCAAUUAAUUUCAUUCAACUAAGUUCAUGUAAUAAAUUGAAUCUGUAUUGCUUAUUUCUUUUUUCCUCUUUUACAGGAGCAACGAUGGAUUGGCCCCAGCAAAGAUGUAGCAGGUGUUGUGAGAAGACAUGCCAUCUGAAAUGGAGGUGAUCCGUGGAGUUGGAUGCUGACCCCAUCGUCAUGGGGUUGCGGCUGCUGGCUUGUCUCUUCCAUCUGCCCACUGCAGUGAUCUAUGGGUCCUGUUCGCUGUUUGUUUCCAUUUUGCACAAUGUAUUUCUCCUUUACUACGUGGACACCUUUGUCUCUGUUUACAAGAUUGAUAAACUGUCCUUUUGGAUAGGAGAGACGGUGUUUCUGAUCUGGAACAGCCUCAAUGACCCUCUGUUUGGCUGGCUGAGUGACAGGGUGUUCCUUAGUACACAGCAGCCAGGAGCAGAGAUUUCCUCCCCAGAAGUAGUUCUGAAGAGGCUCAGGGCACUAAGCCACAAUGGCCCCCUCUUUGCCAUCUCUUUUCUGGCUUUCUGGGUUGCCUGGGCUCAUCCUGGUUUGCAGUUCCUUCUCUGCCUUUGCAUGUAUGACAGCUUUCUCACCAUGGUUGACCUCCAUCACAAUGCCUUGCUUGCAGACUUGGCUGUUUCAGCAAAAGACAGGACUAGCCUCAACUUCUACUGCUCCUUCUUCAGUGCCAUAGGCUCGCUCUCUGUCUUCAUGUCAUAUGCAGUAUGGAACAAGGAAGACUUCUUUUCCUUUCGCAUAUUCUGCAUCGUGCUGGCUGCCUUCUCCAUCGUUGGCUUUACCUUGUCCACACAGCUGCUCCGCCUGCGAUUCGAGACUGAUGGGAAGGCAAAAGGGGACCAGGAAUCAACCUUAAAAGAGUACGUGUCAUCAAUUCUCCAGCAGGAGAAGAGGAUCACCCUGGCUGAGUAUCUCCAGCAGCUCUCUCGGCAUCGCAACUUCCUCUGGUUUGUCUGCAUGAAUCUAAUCCAGGUUUUUCAUUGCCACUUUAACAGCAACUUCUUCCCCCUGUUCCUGGAGCACCUGCUGUCAGACCAGAUCUCUGUAUCUACUGGAUCCUUCCUCCUUGGUGUUUCCUACAUUGCCCCCCAUCUCAACAACCUCUACUUCCUGUCCCUCUGCCGCCGCUGGGGUGUUUAUGCUGUAGUCCGAGGACUUUUCUUCCUGAAGCUGGCUCUCAGUGUUGUCAUGCUCCUGGCAGGACCUGAUCAGGUGUAUCUGCUCUGCAUCUUCAUAGCGAGCAACCGGGUGUUCACAGAAGGGACCUGUAAGUUGCUCAACCUGGUGGUGACUGACUUGGUGGAUGAGGAUCUUGUACUGAACCGCAGAAAGCAGGCAGCUUCAGCGCUGCUUUUUGGGAUGGUUGCUCUGGUCACCAAGCCAGGACAGACCUUCGCCCCCCUGAUAGGCACCUGGCUGCUCUCUGUGUACACAGGCCAUGACAUCUUCCAGCGUAACCCCUUGAGCAACGUGGUGAGCGCCCAGCCGAAGCUGGAAUCUGAUACAGUCUUGGAGCCAACUCUCCGCCAGGGCUGCUUUUAUCUCCUCGUCUUUGUUCCCAUCACAUGUGCACUGCUGCAGCUCUUCAGUUGGUCUCAGUUCAGCUUGCAUGGGAAGCGUCUGCAGAUGGUAAAGGCUCAGCGCCAAGGCCGAGCACCAGAAAUCAAAAUGAUCUAGGGGUGUUUGUGCUCCUGGCGGUGCUUCUGGUUCCAGGCUGGUGUGGGACUGCUGGCACAGUGAAGGGAUUGCUGGCUGGGAAAGCCCCCAUGUUUACAAUUUAACUGUGAUGUGCUGUGAUGCUGAUGUUUACUCAUCCCAGGAGGUGGCCACGGGGAAAGCAGAGGAGUGUUGAGCAUGUACUGGGCUUGGGAUAGGUCACUUGGCUACAGCAGUGAGAGCAUUCCGGCCUUGCUGGUCCUAGAAAGCAGAAUUCUAGGGCAGGUCUGCAGCACGUGCUAGAGAGGGUUGCAUCCCAGGUGUGAUAUUCUAACCUGGGCAUACCUCUGACCCACAGCCCCUCAGGCAGAGCAGAAAGGGGGGAGCAACUGGAAGCCUUUCCUGUAGAGCCCUGUAGUUUUUGGGAAUGGAGGGAGAGGUUCUUCAGGGACCAGGUAACAAAGGAGGAUUAACUUCAGAAGAAGAGGUGAUAUGGGAAGACCCUGAAGCCCCUUCUCAGUAGCUGGAAAGACCUCUCUCACAUUCAAUGCCAGGUUGUUUGACCAAAUCUGCUCUUAGGCUUGUUUCUGGGACAAUAUCUUGCACAGAACACAAGGCUCCCUCCUACGAGGCCUUGCACAGGGAGGUGCUGGGCUCAGAACCUGGAUGUCUCAUGGCAUCUUGUUGCUGGUGUUCAUCCUUUCCCUCCUUAGCCCCUUGCAGUGAGCACUGUUACAGCAGUGCUUCCCAUGUUAGCUGGUAGGUUCAGAUCGGGGAAGGAGCCUGUAACACAGCGGACAAAACGCUUCCCCUCCCAAGGCUGACACUGCUGCCUGCGUGAAGCAGCUCAGUGCCUUCCCUUCUUGCAGGUGGAGACUCAGCCUGGAGACAGCAGGUCAUGCUUUUGUGCCUUCUAUUCCAUUGAGAAGCCUGUUAGACAUAACAUAGAGCAGUCACAGGGCUGAGAUUUUACUUGUCGAGGAGAGAGACAUCUUCUGUGCUUCAAAAAGUUUUCACCAGCUUCACUGGUGAUAAAUUCUUCUGGUUGCUGAGUGAUGGAGCCAAGGAGAGGGGAAAGUUUGGACUCCUCUGUCUGGGAGCAGAUGGGGCAGAUGGUUACCCAGAGAUCUCAAAAUGAGGGAGUGUCUCCUCAGUCUUAGGGUUGCUGUGGGCAGGCAGAAAUGAUGUGCUGAAGUAGGAUGGGUAAGCACUGCCCCGUGCUUCCUGCAGGAGGUGGAGAUUCGCUCACAUUACUGCUGUUAUCCAUUCUGUCACCUCCCAGGCCUUCUGUACCAGGUUCCCUCUGCAGACGCAGCCCACAGAUCUGCUAUCUUGCCUCAGGACAUGGCUGCCUCCUGUCUUGGACCAAGACAUUUCUCUUGUGAGGCUCCUGUUGGUCUUACUGGUUCAAUCAUAAGUUAUUUGUGUAGAUUUUAACAAAGUUUGAGAAUGAUUAUUCAUUUCAUAAAUUAAAUACGAUUUUUUUCCUGUA